CACCGAUACCAAUCCGAUCCGCUUACUGAUCCAUAAAACCAUGGAUACGACAUGGGGGUAGGGUUUACCGUAUACCCUUCAGAACCAGACAUUCCCAACACUCCCCAGGUCCCACCCUUCUCACUCGACUGAGAAGCAAGAACCUCAGGGAUAAUUGCUUGAAAUCAUACCACCUCAACCGAGGUGGACACGACACCUAGAUCCGGUUCAUUCUACUACAGAACAGGGAAGGGAAGACGCGUCUGGCAAAGUAUUACGUCCCUCUUGAGGAAUCUGAGAAACACAAAGUCGAAUACGAGAGCUAUUGAUUGCUCUCCAGGUUCAUCGAUUGGUGGUCAAUAGGGAUCCCAAAUCGACGAAUUUCGUUGAGAUGGAACCCGUUGAUGCAUUGAUUCAAGAAAGAGCUCAAAUGGAUGGCCCUCUAAUGGAUAUUAGGAAGGCUGAAUACGAUGCUCCAGCAGUGGAGAUGUUAAGGCAAUAUGUCGAUAAAACACUUGCAAAGGUUGAUGAGCUUGAGCAGAAAGUGAAUGAGGUGGAACAGUUCUAUUCGUCUUCAAAUAAAAAACAACCGAACAGUUCUAAAUGUGGCUCAGUGGUGAAGGAUAGGGAGAAACCAAUUCCUAGCAUCAAGAGGCAGCAACAAGAUGCAGCACGGAGAGAGGCGGCUAGUGCAAAAAGGAUGCAAGAGCUUAUGCGUCAAUUCUCCACAAUAUUGCGUCAGAUUACACAGCACAAAUGGGCAGGGCCCUUUCUGGAGCCUGUAGAUGUUGAAGGUCUUGGCCUACAUGACUACUAUGAGGUUAUUGAGAAGCCCAUGGAUUUUAGUACAAUAAAGAAUAAGAUGGAGGCCAAAGAUGGCAGUGCUUAUAAGAAUGUCCGAGAGAUAUAUGCUGAUGUGAGGUUGGUUUUCAAGAAUGCAAUGACAUAUAAUGAUGAAAGUGAUGAUGUUCAUGUGAUGGCCAAAACUUUGUUGGCAAAAUUUGAGGAAAAGUGGCUAAAACUUUUGCCAAAAGUUAUUGAGGAGGAAACAUGGCGAAAAGAGGAGGAAGCAGAGGCACUGUCAAACAUGCAGCUUGCUCAGGAAGCUGCUCAUGCAAAGAUGGCUAGGGAUGCAAGUAAUGAGCUUUGUGAGGUUGAUAUGCAUCUAGAAGAACUCAGAGAAAUGGUGAUCCAAAAGUGCAGGAAAAUGUCAACGGAGGAGAAAAAGAAACUGUGUUCUGGCCUUAGUCGAUUGGAUCCAGAAGAUCUCAACAAGGCAUUGGAGAUUAUUGCUAAGAAGAACCCAAGUUUCCAAGCCACUGCUGAAGAGGUGGAACUGGAUAUGGAUGCUCAGAGUGAGUCAACUUUGUGGAGGUUGAAGUUCUUUGUUAAGGGGGCAUUAGAAAGUAGUGGGAAGAGUUCUGUGAGCAUGGGAGGCAAUGACUACUCCAAGAGAAAAAGAGAAAUCUGCGAUGCUCGUGCCAAGACUGAAAAGAAACGAGGUAAAAAGCUCUCGUCCUGAUUUAUAUAGAUUGUGGCAGUUUUGAUUCUCUGUCUAGGCUCUAGCUGUUUGUGGUAGUAGUGUGUCAAGUGAAUGUUAAGAGACUGAGCCUAUUGAAUGGAUCAAGUAAUUUUGUGUUUCACUUUUAUAGAUUGGUCUGAAAACCUUCCUGAGUUUUGUACCGACAUGAUAUGAAACAGAUGAUGCUUAGUAUUUAUUCCUCUUUUUGUAAAUAAAAUUAAAAAAAUAGAAGUAAUUGUUCAGUGGAAA